AUGGAAUUGUCUGCUAAUAAAUCUCUAAACAAAGAGAAUAAGAACCCUGUAUUAAUGCUCACUCAAUACGAGAUGAUGUAAAAAGAAGGUGGCUUUCCUAAAACCACUUCAUCAAUACAUUCUUAACAUAGAUUCUACUAUAGAAAAUAAAAGCAACCUAUUGUUUAACCAAUUCAAAAUCUUAUAUUCGGUCAUUCUAACAGUACCUAAUCAAUCCAUAAAGAUAUAGAGAAGAUAGCAAAAUAAUUAUAAUCUUAGCAUAUUUAAACAAUGACUCAAUUCAAUUUCACCUAGCCUCUAAAAGAAAGAUACCCUACCUAAUAUUCUCAUUCCUCUAAUGCUUAAGUUAUUGAGGUCUUGGAAAUGUUAGAGAAAGAAAAUUUAAUGAAAAUUCACUAGAUUAAACCAAGUACUCCUAGAAGACUAUAUACUCCAUAAGUUAAUACAAAAUUACCUACUUUACAUAAUGAGAAUAAGAGUAAUGACUAAGAGAACAAUGAUAAGACUACUCAUAUAUUGAAAAACAAACUUUUAUUUAGAAGAACAAUAAAUCCUUCUGUAGAUAAAAUUAAGAAAUUAAAUUAACCUGCAGUUGAAGUAAGACAUAAAAGAAUAGCUUCUUAGAUUUUGAAUGACCCUGACAAUAUAAAUUUACAUAAACCUUUGAAUGAGAGGAUUAAUAAGGUAUUACAGAAUUCAAAUAAAAUUAUAUCUAUUUGCAAUAAAAUACCAGAGAUUAAAGAAUAAAUAGUUGAAGAGCAACUAUUAGAUUUAAUAAAUUCUGAUCAUUUUAAAAUUGAAUUCCAACAUUUAAUUAAUAAUUCAUAAGGUUGUAAUUAACCAAUGGAAUAAAUUUUAUAAAACUUUAUGAUAGAUUAAAUAAGAAAGAUGAGAGAGUUAAAAGAAGCAGAAAAUAAUUUAGAAUGUAAUCAUUUUUAUAUAUUUUUAUAGAAAAAAGAUAAAAUUUUUCAAGAUUGCUAACUAAUUAUAUACAGGAACUUAAAUAGAAAUUAUGA